AAAAAUGGUCAAUUCGGUGGAAAAGUAUUGAAUGCUUCUCAUCAAAAUAUAACAAAAAGUGUAGUAAUUGUAAAUGAAAUGUCUUGUCCGAGUGAAACAUUGCUGCCCUCUCAAGAAAAUGAAAGUAAUUUGGCAUGGCGUGAUGGUCGAAGAGUGGUUGAGUUGGGUUUACUAGCUGACCAACUUAAAGCUUGCAAGAACUGCUAUGCACCAUUGUUUCUACACAACUGUUUAAAAGAACAAAGAUACGGUAUCGGAAGUAUUUUGUAUAUACCUUGUGGCAGCUGUCCCUUCACAAACUUAAUAAACACUGAUAAACGGCACAGAUCAGAGACUUCAAAAAAGGGAAUGUUGAUAUGGGACGUGAAUACAAAAUGUAGUAUGGCCUAUUUAAAUGCAGGAAUGUGUCCACACCAGACAGUCAAUUUCCUUGCUGACAUUAACAUCCCCCCAAUAGCAGUUAAGAAUUUAAAGAUAAGAGAAAGAGAAAUCGGCAAAACCAUAGAAAAGUGUGCUGAAAUGUCUUGUCAGAAAGCUCUACAAGAAGAAAUAGAUUUAAGCAGAGAUGAAGAUGAUCAUUUAAAUGGACCUUCAAUAACAGUUUCUUUUGAUGGUGCUUGGCAGAAAAGAGGAAGUGGAAGAAGCUACAGUAGCUUGACAGGUAUACCUAUAUGCACUGGAAAACGAUAA